UCAGUGGCACUAUCGUAAAUAUUUUGAAAUGAGAGAAGUCAACAUUUUUUUCGUGUCACAAAGCUUAAUUAAUACAUGGAUCAUAAAAACUGUGUUAUUUAGAAGGUAUACUAAUUGCCAUUUGUGAUUCGGUGUGCUACUGGACCAUUUUUGCGUGUUUUCAGCUGAAGUACACGAUGACAGAGAGAGCCUACUUACACUGCUCUGGACUCCUAGCAUAAAGGCCCAAUGGUUUUCAAAUGCAUUCUACUGAAAUAGUUUCACAUCUAGAAAAACUGUGAAGAAGUGCAAGGCUUCAUGAAGAUAAUCUGCAAUUUGAACACUUAAAUUGUAUCACUUCUGUGGGAUGUUUUUAAACAUCUUCUAUAUGAACCGUUUAAAAUGUAGACCAGCUUCUUAAAAUAUUCUAAGUACUAAAGUGCAUUAAACCCCUCAAGAUGGAUGAACCUAAUGGGGAUUUUCACGAGGCGUUGUUUGCUCCGCUUUCGGCUUCAGACACUGAACACGAUUGUCUCAAAGACUUUCUGUUGGAUCCUCCUCGUCACGAUCAGUCGAGUUUAUCAUCUCAGUAUUGCUAUGAUAACGGAAUACAAAACAUUCAAUCCAACUCAAGCCUUCCGAUGUCAAUGAGUCUGAUGGGUGGAGGGCUGAUGUCUGGCCAUGGCAUGAGCAUGAACCACAUGUCCAACCAUGUAGGCCACGGCAUGAACAUGUCAAGCGUCCCAUCAGGAAUGAACAUGACAGGGCCCGGGAUGAACAUGUCCUCUUCUAGUAUGAUGGGUGGGGGAAUGCACAUGUCUUCGGGGCAAGGUCUGCAGAUGUCUGCAGGUCCUAGUUUACCGAUGCCAAAUGCUAGUUUACCAAUGGGAUCACCAAUGGGCUGUGGGAUGUCGAUUCAACCGAACGUCGGAAUGUCCAUGGGUUCAGCUUCUGUUAUGCCUAUGGGAGGAAAUUCAGGACUUUCUAUGCCUCAGAAUGCCUGUAUGCCGAUGUCGCCGAGCACAAACUUAUCCAUGUCCAACCAGGUACUUCCGAUGUCGUCUCCGUCGCCACUCUCCAUGUCUCCCAUGGGGUCGAGUCACUCCCUGCCCAUGUCCACGGCUGCCAUGACCAUGUCCACGUGCUCCCCUUUACCCAUGUCCCCCAUGGCCUCCAGUCAUACCUUACCCAUGUCCUCUACGCCUAGUAGAUCCAUCAUGGACCACAUGUCCCCUCUUCCCAUUCCCAAUCUUCCCAGUUGCGUCAACGACAGUCCCGCGAUGAUGCAUCAGGGUUACCAGUCCAGUCCUCGUAUACCUCAACUGCAAAGCCCAGUACAGAGUCAUAUGGCUCAACCUCAGGUGGACUUUAGGAGUCCGGGACAUUCCGUAGAGAACGUGAUACCGAGUGCUUUAGACAAUGGUGUGAUAAUGGCUGAGUGCGGUGAAAAGAACGGAGAGUGGAGUCCGGCUGGCACCGGUGACUCCGUAAGGACAGGAGAGAGUCAAGAAGGGGUCGAACCGGGAACCAGUGAAAGGACCGUGAGUAGUGAUUGUGUGAGUAGUGAAACCGUGUGUUCGCCGGAGACUACCGAUGUCCCGGCCGAACAAGGGACAGAGGAAAAGAAAGUAAAACAAGAAACCAGGGGGCGGAAACGGAAGUCGGUGGAGAAGAAACCGCGUCAGAAAAAGUCACCCUCUACCAUUGCGACGUACCAGAGUCAAAUUUCACCGGACCAGAAUGGGAUUAAGAUUCGCAUUAAGAAAUCGCUCACACCAGUACCUCAGAAAACGAGAAAACGAAGAACUAAGCAGAGUGAUGAGGUGGAUGAGUACGUAGAGCCUGCUGAGCAGGGACCUUGGGGUGACGAGAGGAUGCCAAAAGUUGUGCUUAGCAAAAUAUUUUACAUGGUGACGAAGAUUGAAGGCUGUGUUCCAUUUCUUGUAAGAAUGUCCCGAGUGUGUAAACAAUGGCGCGACGUCGCAGUCUCACCUCACCUCUGGUACCAUAUAGACCUAGCCUCGACCUGGUGUCGCGACCGAGUCAAGAACGACCGAACCUUCCAGUGGCUUUGCGAGAACCGGCUGGCGCAGGUCCAAGAGUUGAACUUGGGUGGCUGGUCGUUCACGGGGAUCCCUAGUGUGCUAGACAAGAUGGCGUCGUCGUGUCAGAGGUUGCAAGGUCUGGGACUGUCCGGUCUGCAGGGUCUCAGCAUGGACAACAUUAAGUUCCUGGUAUCGAACUGUCCUCACCUGGAGAGGCUUGAUCUUUCCAGCAUAAAUCCUGAGCAGAACAACCCCAGGUCAGCAGUCAGUAUGGCGUCACUGCUGCAUCUGGCUCAGACAAUGGGAGAGAGACUCACACAUCUCAUAUUGUCCAACAACAAACUGGCUGGAGUACCUCAGAUCAUUGCGGCUGUUGCGGCACACUGUCCCAACCUACAGGUGCUGGACCUGGCCAAUGUGAGGACUGUUGCUCAGACUACUGCCUGUAUACACAUAGAGAAGCUGCAGGAAGGCUGUCCUACACUCAGGGUACUCAGGCUUACCAACAGUCAGCUAGCUCUGUCACCAGUCUCAUUCAACGAGCAGGCGACGUCGCAAGGGUUCCCCCAUCUGGAGGAGCUGAGUGUUGCGGGUGUUGUGGAGGGUCUGUCAUCGCAGCCGUUCAUCGACGAUGAGGCCCUCCAGAGGAUCAUUAAGAACUCCAAGAAGCUGAGGUUACUGGACGUGAGGGGCUGCAACAAGGUGUCAGACUCAUCAUUGGUCAGGGUGCCUGCAUGGGACCUGGAGCACAUCUUUCUAUCAGGCUGCUAUGUGACUCGGCUGAACGACUCUGGUCUGGAGCUGAUUGUCAAGAAGUGGAGUCACAGCCUGGUGGAGGUGGACCUUGCGUGGAGUACAGCCACGGAGCCUCUGGACGCUGCAGUGCAGGCACUAGCAGAGCAGGGCGAGACCAGCAGACUCAGAACGCUGGACCUGUGUGGCUCGUCAGUAAGCCUGGAGCCUGUGAAGGCCGUCCUGACCAGGUGUCCGAUGUUGUCGUCCAUCAACCUGUCUUCUUGUCGAGCGUUGCCGCGCGGGAUGAAGCGGCUCUACCAAGGUUUGCCGCUCGUACAGCUGCGGUCGACCAUGCUCAACAACGCCUCCAAUGACGACCAAUGAACCAUUCCCCUCCUCUGCCCCACGGUCAAUUAACUGCGGGUAUCGCUCUUGUUUCUUAAUCCUGGUACGGUUGUGAAAAUUAAGGAGGUUUUAAUCGCACAGAGUUAAACCUCAAUGGGUUUAAACGUCCCUGGUGGAUGUCUAAGAUGCUUUUAGGCUAAAAUAUAAACUGCUCAGUGGUUGAUCAGGAAUGUUGUUGAAAGGAUAGAUUUCAGCUAGCUUACCUCAGACAAUUAAGAGUCCAGAGGCUUACAGAUACACAGUAAAAAAUUUCAAAUCUUAACACUAAUAUUUCAUACUAACACAUCAUUAUGAUAUAAUAUAAUAUUUCAUGAUUGAAGGCAGUGUUUUGUGACUUUUUGUGUAUCUUAUCUAUUAGCCCCUGGACUGUAAUUUUCUCUGGCAAGUUGAUGAGCUCAAUCACUUGGAAAAGUUCUGAUGCUUGAAUAGUCUCUGGAUUGUUGAAAUAAGUAAUUUACGUCUGCAUGAAACAGCUGUAGCUGUAAUCAAUGCAAUACAGAACCAUUUGACUGAAGAGAAACUAAAACUGAACUUAAAAGUUUUAAAAAAUUGUUUAUUUAUCUGUUGUCCGAAGUAUUUUAUAAUGUUUUUUUUUUUAUCAAAGAUUACAUAAAUCUUAACAAGUUAAGAAAUUAACCAUCAAACACUUGUGCCAUACCAGACACAAUUUAAUUUUUAAAAUAUGACCCAAGAGAAAGAAAAAUCUUGUCAAUGAAAGAUUAGUUGUUAGUCUGUUUAUAAAUGAAAACUUAUAUAGCAAAAGAACUUGGGUUUACCGUAUAUAUAUUUUCUUUUUCCGUCCUAGGGUGCUAGGCACUAGCCACGGAUCGUUUUUCAUGUAACUUCAGGCUAGGUAUAGGAGUUGAGGUAUUAUCACUCAGAUAAAAUCCAUCGGUCAUCUGGCGGAAUUUGAACCUGAGACCUCAGGGACCGAAGUCCUGCGCUCUACCACUAGAUCAGCUCACUGGUAAACCCCAUGGGUAGUACUGUAUAUCUAAAACAUCUUAAGCUGAAAAUUUCUAGAAAUCUUUUGCAAUGUUAAUUGGAUGUUACCUUAAACCGUAUUUUUCCAAAACAGUUCUUAAAUUUUUGUAAAGAAGGAUAGGAGAAAACUUUUGUUUGGAGAAAGUUUAAAAAUUUAAAAAUCAGCUCUAGGCCUACUAGGUCUAAGUUUAUAUAGGUUUCAAAACUGAUUAAUAUCCUGUAUGGUAAUCACAAUUUUUGGUUUGAAAUAAUAAAUCUUUAUUGAAAUAGCAACAUGUUAUGGAGAACAUUGAAAACCACGGCACACCUCCUUGAUUUUUACAAUUUCCUUGUAUUUUUUCAUAUAUAUUUAAUGUUUUAUAAUAUAUUGUUGAUACAAAAAAUUGUUUUGCGUUAAGUGUCUGGAAAGUACGAAAGACUUGUACAUAGUUGUAAGUUUGUUUAUAUUGUAUUUAUAAUUUGUUGAAAAGGUGUUUACUAUAAACAAAGAAUUUAUUUUAUUAUGUUUUGUUUGUAGAAGUACAAAAUGUUAGUCAUUCAUCUCAAUUGUAUAUUUGUACAUAUGAGCUUGUAGAAUAGCUUUAUAGCUUAUUUAUUGAUGUUUCUACAGGAUUUCAGUUUUCUAAAUUGACCACAGCGUAGUUAACUUCACUUUUGUCUGAAGUGUUUUGAAAUAGUUCAACUAUUGAUUUACACCAAUAUUUUUGUAGGUUUUUUUGCCCAUCGAAAGUGUUAUUACACUAAAAACGUUUUAAAACUCAAAUUGUGGUGGAAGAGAGAUUUCAACACAAGGCUAAUUAUUUUUUAUUAGUUUUAAUGUAGACUUUAAGGUAAUCCUUGCAUUUUACACUAGGAUUUCAAUCACUAGACGAGAAUUUAUUUAUGUUUGAAAAGGGUUUAUAUUACAAAAAUGCAUGUCUGAAGGUCUGUUCUGAAUAUGUUUUUCGGUAAAUAAAAAAUCAAUCUUUGAAAUUAAUUAAUAAUCACUCCUUCAAAAAUGUCUCAGUUAAGUUUGAGGAAACUUCAAAUUUGUAAAUACCUUUACAAGUUAAUUGGAUUUUUGAUUUCUUGUUAAAAAUACUACAGUAUAUUUUAAUUUUGUCGUCAAAAUUUGAAUCACUUCCAAUAAGGAGUGCUAAUAUUUCUUGCCUUCCAAGUAUUUUUCAAAGUUUUAUUGAAUAUUAUGUGUCGGGUAAAUUUUGUUUUGUUUGUUUUAUUUAUUUGUUUGAUCACUGAAAUAUCCCACACUUCAAUUAUGUUUAAUGCCUAACCUGAUAAAAAACGUUGGGUCAACAAAGGAAGGUUUCUUUUACUAUGAAAUUUUAUAAAACCUUUCUUAAAUAAAAAAAAAUUGUUAAUGAUACUUGUAUUACUAACAUUAAUGAUCUAUGGAUUCAUUAGCUUCCCCAUUGACAGGCACCGUAGUAAGUAUACUGCUAGGUCUGUUGAAUUAGUUUGUGUUGAAUUGUUGUUGUUAUUGGUUAUUCAGAGAAAAAAUCAACAAAUUAUAUCAAUAAAAAUACUCUUAAUAGCACAAACCUUGAUAAAACGUUGUCUGAAUCAUAAAUUUAUCAUCAACACAUUGAUUUUUAUAGGUAAUAAAAGCA